ACAAACGACACAGCGGAAAAGUUGAGUUGAGUUGAGUUGAAUAAGCAUUGGACUACGACACACAAGCUUGUGAAAUUAAACAGAAAUAUGUAAAAAAACAAAAAACAAAAUAGAGUGCAAUAAUUAUGACACCACCAAUUACCAUAAUUAGUCAUGAUAGGGGCUCUGUGAUGCUGUACUUAAUUACCACAGAGCUUCCAGCUGAAUACUGCUGACAGCAAGAUACACCGAUCAGGCAUAACAUUAUGACCAUGCAUCCACGUGGAUGUUGCAAACACACACACACAAAAACGGUUUAGGAACAACUCAGAAAACAUGAAAAACAGUACAAAGUGUUGACCUGGCCUCUAAACUCCCUAGAUCCCAGACUGUGGGAUUCUCCACAGAGACAACUCCCCUCAACCCAUAGCACCCAAAGGCCCCCGCUAACAACAUCCUGUUACCAGACACCACAGGACGCCGUCAGAAGGUCCAUGUCCGUUCUCUGAUGAGUCACAACUGUUUUGGAGGCACAAAAGCCUGAUCAGUGUACUCCCAACAUCACUGUUUCCAUGGGCUACCGUGUCCAACACAGUGACAUAGCAUGUCAGUAUGGAAACAUAAAACUACACUAAACCCAAAGUAAAUCAGAGCCUGAUAACAAUGUCCGUAGUUACAGUGUUUGGUCAUAAACACAAAGACAAAGAGAAAUGAUUGCACCUCGUGACAACUCCACUGGAAAAAUAGUGUGGGAAUGACAUGUCUGGUGACAAUGAACAGUGCAAAAUUUCAUGGAAAUCCCACCAUUUCAUCACUCAUGUAAUAAGCAACAAAAAUACAUACAUACAUAUGCAUAAUAAGUAAUAAAUUGUAUCGAUUUAGCCAUCAAGGCUAAAAAAAAAAAAAAAUGGUUCAUCUCCUACGAGAUGAAUGUGCUUAGGAAAUUUAACUUUGCCUGCUAAAUUGUGAGACAUCUUGUGUGCAGAUUUUGGCCUGAGGGCGGAGCAGAAGGGAGGCUCUAUUUUUUUGUGGAAGCAUGAGCAUCACGGUGGCAUUAGGGUCGUCCUCUGGGGACCAAGAAUAGCUACAGUAAAUCUCGCAAUAAUCUGUCCGACAGUUGGACAGACGGAUCAUUUCUGCUCCUCUCCAACCCCCCACCCCUAGAUACUCAAGACACCAAGGUAUGGCCCGGAGUACUGCGAGGUCUCCAGAUGAACUAGCAGAGGGGGAGGCAGGAUGGCAAAACAAGACAGCAAAAUGAACGACCGUGAACAAAUCACAUCCACUUCGGAUGCACAACCCAACACUUUUUCAACGUCCACCGUAUGUUUUUUUCGACUCCCUCUCUCUCCUGUUGGUAGAGAGGUGAAGCUGCUGCUGCUGCUCUAAUCCACAGCAGCGCUCCCUCUAGUGUGGUAGCAGAGGAGAUAACGACACAGCGAUCUGUGCUUCAGUCCUGAGGUUGGAAACCUACACACCAGCAGCAGCAGCAGCAGCAGCAUCACAGCUCUUGACGGAGUGACAGUGGAGUAAAUGUUAUUAUGAUUUUAUAGCAGCAGGACAACACAACACAGACUCAGCAUGUACUGACCAGUUUCACUUUGUGAGAACACAACAACAACCGAGGAGGCGACCCACUAACACUGACUGAGCUCACUGGCUCCUCACGAUGGGGAUUGUAGUCUACAACAUCUCCUCCACGUCGGCCAGAGUGAGCUGGCCGCCGUCCCCCACCUGCCGGGACACCUUCUACAGCGUCAUGUACGACCCCAACUGGAACAGCCUCCUAAUGGGAUACAAGCGCAAGAGUUUCAUGCACGAGGAACGCAUCGCCGUCAGUCAGACCAGCACACACCUGGCCAACCUCCUCCCCCAGACCGCCUACUUCUUGUGCGUGACGUGUCAGGCCGCCAAUCCUGUGCGGGACCAGUGCCAAGUGUUCAGCACGCCAAGCGAGAGCGCCGAAGGUCACGACAGGGCCGGCUGGGAGCUGGCCAUGGGCGUCUGGCUGACCUGCUGCAUCUUGCUCCUGCUCAUCGCCUCCAUCCUGCUGUGGGGAUGCCUUCACACCAUCUGCACCAUGCCCGGCCAGGCCGCGGACGGCUGCGCGGCGGGGAGCAACUCGUCCCACCGCGACAUGUCUGGAUCUGGGUGCCUUUACACUCCCAGGAGCAGCAGCCUGGAUAGCUCCAAACACGCCUCCGUCAUUCAAUCCCCCCUCCUCUCGGCGCAGCCCACCGGCCACAUAAUUACCCAAGACCACGAGCUGAGGACGCUGGCUAAGCUGUCUGGCAGCGAGCCAUCAUGAAUCAACCAGAUUAAGGUCAUCCACAGCAUUGUUCUGCUCGCACUGAAUUGUAUAUUCAUAUUUAUCCGGUGAUGAAAUCCUAUUUGUGCUUAGGAGAAUAUGUGUUUUCAAAGGAAUCAUUUUAAACAAACAUUGCUCUUCAAAGUUUUCAAUGACAAAUGAAAAGGGGAAAAGAAAAAAAAUACCUCAUCCAUAUAAUGUGAAAAUUCAGUUGUAAAAAAAACUUUUCAUGUUUGUGUUCCUAGUGAUAUACAUUUAGGUUUUUAGAUUGACAUUUUUUUCCAUUUAUUUUUACACAUGGUUUUCUUAUACUGAUGCUUUUCCACAUGUAUUCAGUAGAUGCGUCUUGCAAUUAUGUGGUGACGUUCAGCUUCAUUAUGUGGUCUUAUGCAGCUGGUGAGGUCAAUAAAAAGAAAAAAAAAGAAAGGUCUUUGCUUUCUCUGGGAGGGAUGAUGAUAAAAACAAA